AGCCACAUGCUCAAAGAACGAUUGACAGCACUGCGAUGUUCAAGUAGUUCAAUGUUCCAAUGGAGUUUGGGAAAAGCUUGCUGAUUUACAUCCUUGGCAUCAUCUCCGGCCUGUCUAUUGUGCCGGCCGUGGUCUUCGCGCAGGAAAGAUUGCAGCUACACCAGGACAAAGCUCCUGGCAAAAGGACACCGGUGCCAGUCGUCCCUACAGCCCCAGCUGCAGUGGCUGCAGCCCCAGCUGCAGCGCCCACAGCAGCUCCAGCACCAGCAGGACCAGUUGUUGCGGCAGCAUUGGUUGUGCCUGGGCAACUCACACUUGCAGAGCUCAGGGACAUUUGGUUGCAUUUGGAUGCGCCUUCCAAACUUCCCUAUGAACAGCUUAUGAAUUAUGAGCCUGGACGUGGGAAGUUCCACAGCCAAGCAGGGCAAGACAAGUGGGUGGAGAAAGUCUUUAGUGGACAGAGAAAUCUAUUUGUAGUGGAGAGUGGCGCCUUAAAUGGCAUUUCCCACUCGAACUCUAUCUUCUUCGAAACCGAGAGGCAGUGGGAUUGCUUGCUGGUUGAGGCCAAUCCCUAUCUUUGGCCAGAAGUCCGUUCCAGGAACCGCAAGUGUCACUUUCUGACGGCGGGCCUUUCCAUCACUAAGGACAAGGGAGAAUUCCCUUUCAAGUUAGCAGGUCCACUGGGUGGCUUUACGGACACGAUGGCCUCAUCCCAUGUGUGGCGUGCUGAUCAUGAGAUCAAGAACAAUGCACCCUGGAUGACUGGGAGUCGUGGAAGUGGAAAGGUGAUCAACGUCAGUGCCUUCCCCUUGUACCAGGCGGGAAGACCAGGAAGAUGGGUGCCAGGCUCGACGGCACUUCAGCUGGUGCCAGGUGAUGGCGGCCCUCAACCGCACGACCUUGGAUUAUUGGAGCCUGGACACAGAGGGAAGUGAACUGGCGAUUCUGCAAGGCUCUGGUGUGGAGCAUUUUGAGCUGGGAGUUCUCACUAUAGAGCACAACAACGAGAUGCCCAAGAGGCAACAGAUCCAAGACUUCCUUCACCAACAUGGAACCGAGCGAGUGGUGGCAGGAGGCCAAGAUGACUUCUACGCCAAUCCAAGCUACUUUCGCAAGAGAAACUUACCCUUUCCCAAGUAGCACUUCACAAAGAGGGUGCGAAGGACUUCAAUGCAUCACCAACUGCAUAGUGAUCAGUUCGUUUAGGUGUUUCAGAUUGAAAUGUUUCACAACUGCGCGGAGCAUUUCAUGGGGCUUGGCAAGGAUGUAGUAUUCACGAUUGG